CUUCAGGUACCCAAUGCAUGUACCUCUACAGAUUGUAGGUGUCACCAUCCUCAGACCCCUAAGGCAGAAGGCUAGGUGGUCUGGGGGGAGCUUCAGCCCUCAGUUCCCCGUUGUGGGUCAGUGAGGGCUCUGUUUAAUACUCAGAGAUAUCAGACCUGGGAAACUUGUCUUUCCAGUAAUCCGCUAAAACAAUUACAAUCAGAUCCCUAUCAGAAUUGCCUUUGCAUUAUAAUAGCCACCUUGUUCCCUGUAGGGAUGAAAGCCCAAGACCGUGGAUCUCAUAUACUUGGCUGGAGCUGGUUCUGUAUUUUUAGUCCAGUUUUGGGAAGUCAGGGAAGGAGUUUUGGUCCCUGGGUUUUUUGUAGCUGCUUCUCUCAGGGCAGGAGAAUGGGUUAGGAAAAGACAAAAAACAAACAAACAAACCGCAUAGCACUUCACUCUCUGGCCUAGGAAAUUCCAACGUUAAUGAAGCCGCCUGGGAAGGGGAGGGUAGGGAUCAGAUAGAUAGGAGAGAGUAGCACCCAGGAAUAUAGACAAAGUUACUUAUCUUGCUUGGUGAUGACUGUUUUAUCUGAGAUUCCCGAGGGGUGUGUAGCCUGUGUGCGUUGGCUGGAUCGAGAUUGCCCCCAAGGGUCAGGCCCAUGUCCUGUGCUUGUGCUGUGUCAGAAGCUGUGGUCAGUUCCUCCGCUCCCAGUCCAAAGCCCAGUGCCAAGGGUCCCUGGUUGGGAUGCCGCACUCCAGGCUUCAAAACCAGUUGCUGCCUCCCAGUGACUUCUCCUCCUGUCAGCUGCGUCGCUGCGCUGUCUGCAUGCACUGGCUGGGCGUCCCCCGAGGUCACUUCAGGAGACUAGGGCUGCGUCCAGUGUUUGCGCCGUCUCAGGAUGCCGUGCUCAGCUCCCCUACGCCCAGUCCUAAGCCCAGCGCCAAGGUUUUCUGACUGGGACGCUGGCUCCCGGCUCCGAAAACAGUCUCUGCUUCCCCGUGGUUGCUUGUUCUCUCUUUAGCCGCGUCAGUGUGCAGCGUGGUUGCACUGGCUGAGUCUCUGUCACUGAGGUCAACUCUUUAGAUCUGUGUUCGAUGGUCAGGGUUCAUAGAUUGUCAUGUAUGCAAUCGAUUCACUUCUUUUUCCGAGUCUUUGUUGCAAGAGGGAUCCGAGGUAGCUUCUAUCUAGUCAGCCAUCUUGGCCCCGCCUCCAUUACCUUUGCUUUUACUGGCUUGUGUUUCCCUAUUUUGGAGCCCUGGUAGCACAGUGGUUAAAGCGCUUGGCUAUUAAACAAAAGUUUAGUGGUUUGAACCAGCACAGCUCUGUGGGAGCCCGGGAGGAAGCCAGAAACCUGUUACUUCCUGCUUACUCAACACUGUUUCCUCUCCAUCCUUGUUCUAUUUCAGGUGUCAAGUGUGGUACAGGGAGAACCAGUACAGUCCAGGCAGUUGGGCGCUUACGGUGACCGUCCUGCACAUCUGUUAAUCACAAGUACAAUUUUAACUUCUCUGAUUAGUGUGUGGACCAAACAUUAUUCAUCUGCUUCCAGAUUGCCCGGUGCCCUGCUUGCACUUACAUUGCUCUUACUGACAUGGGUUCUUGGGCUAAGAGUCAACGUUCUCUCAAAAAUUCUAGAAGCCGGAGCAAGGAAAUGGACUCGGUGGUCAUUGAGGAUGUGGCUGUGGUCUUUAGCCAGGAAGAGUGGGCUUUGCUGGAUCUUGCUCAGAGGAAGCUCUACAGGGAUGUAAUGAUGGAAACCUUCAGAAACCUGGCCUCUGUGGUCUCUCAAAACCUUAAUGAUGGAGAGAUAUUAUUCAGUGAACAUGUAAUGGUGCAAUUCAUGAAGAAAAACACCUGGUCCUCCAUAUUAGGAGAAGUGUCUAAAUUGUAUGGCAAUAAAGAUCAGCAUAAAAUCUGGAAGAGACAUUUGAGAUCUCACACUGAAUGCAAUACCUGUCAGUCUAAGGAAUGUGAAGAAGUAUGCAAUUGUCCCUCUCACGUAACCACUCCUAUGAGAACUCGUGCUGGAAAGAAAUCCCGUAAAUGUAAGGUAUGUGGGAAAGUCUUAAUUUGUAUCUCAACCCUUCAGAAUUCUGUGACAGCACUCACUGGUGAGAAACAAUAUGAAUGUAGCAAAUGUGGGAAAGAUUUGUGUAGUUUUUCAUCCCUUUGGACACAUGUGAGAGGUCAUAGGCAUAAAUGUAAAGAAUGUUGUCAGACCGUUAAUCAUCCUUCAUCCCUCAUUUUACAUAAAAAAUUUCAUAAUAGAGAUAAGCCUUGUGAACGUAAUGAAUGUGGAAAAGCAUUUAGUGAGGCCUCAUCCUUUUCUCAACAUACAAGAGCUAACAGUGGAGAGAGGCCUUAUGAAUGUAAGGAGUGUGGGAAAGCCUUUAGUCAAGCCUCAUCCCUUAGUCAACAUACAAGGGUUCACACUGGAGUGAGGCCGUAUAAAUGCAAGGAAUGUGGGAGAGCAUUUACGUGUUCCUCGUACCUCACUAAACAUGUAAGAAUUCACAGUGGAGAGAGGCCAUUUGAGUGUAAGCAAUGUGGAAAAACAUUUUGUUAUUCCUAUCACCUAUCUGAACACAUAAGAAUUCACAGUGGAGAGAAACCUUAUAAAUGUAAUCAGUGUGGGAAAGCCUUCAAUCAGUCAUCACACCUCACUGUACAUACAAGAAUUCACAGUGGAGAGAGGCCUUAUGAAUGUAAGGAAUGUGGGAAAGGCUUUAGUUGUUCUUCAGUCCUCACUACCCAUAUAAGAACUCACACUGGAGAGAGGCCCUAUAAAUGUAAGGAAUGUGGGAAAGCAUAUAGGCAAGUCUCACACUUCAUGAAACAUAGAAGAACAGCUCAUACUGAAGAGAGGCCUUUUGAAUGUAAGGAAUGUGGGAAAGCAUUUAGUGAUUCCUCAAACCUCCCAACACAUAUAAAAACUCACAGUGUAGAGAGACCUUAUGAUUGUAAGGAAUGUGGGAAAACUUUUACUCUUUCCUCCUAUCUCUUUCAACACAUAAGAAUUCACAGUGGAGAGAGGCCUUUUGAAUGUAAGGAAUGUGGAAAAACAUUUAGUUAUUCCUCACACCUCGCUAGACAUAUAACAAGUCACAGUGGAGAAAGACCUUAUGAAUGUAAGGAAUGUGGGAAAACCUUUACUCGUUCCUCCUAUCUCUCUGAACACAUAAAAAUGCACCGUGGAGAGAGGCCUUUUAAAUGUAAGCAGUGUGGGAAAACUUUUAGUUAUUCCUCACAAUUCACUAGACAUAUAACAACUCACAGUGGAGAAAGACCUUAUGUAUGUAAGGAAUGUGGGAAAUUCUUUAUUCAUUCCUCACGUCUCACUAGACAUAUAACAAUUCACAGUGGAGAAAGACCUUUGAAUAUAAGGAAUGUGGGAAAACCUUUAGUCAUUCCUCCUAGCUCUCUGAACACAUAAGAACUCACAACAGAAAGACUAUUCUGUGUCAAAAGUGGGGUGUUUCAUUCUUACUGCUAUAAUUUCAAACAGCAAAUUGUCAAAAGUCUGUGAUUAAGAACAAAGUUUCUCAGUGCAUAAGAAAGCAAUACAAACUCAAAGAAGGGGUCAUUAGAGCUACUCUGUGCCUUUGGGAGAAGUAACAGUUGUAACUCCUGUGCUGUCCUCAUCAGUGUUUAUUAAUUUCUUAGUCUAAGCUAAAUUUUACCUUAAAGUCUUUAGUUAUUACAAAUAAGGCUGCGGGGAAUAGCUUUGAACAAAUCUGAUUUUAUACUCCUUAAUGUUUUAUUGAUGUUAUUUUGCGUACAAUAAAAUAUAUCGAUCUUGUAUUUGAUGUAAGGGUGGUUUGUUUCCCUAUUUAUCCCAUUUCCUUCCAUUCUUUCCUAUAAGAAGUUUAACUAUUUUACCCUUUAUAAUCAGUAAGUUUCUUACAGGAGAAUACUUUGAGAAAGCAAAUAUUCUGUUUCUCAUGGUACUUUGGUCUGCUAAUUUAGUACUCAGUGAUAAUUAUUACCUUUGAGUAUUCUCACUGUGGCGAUUACUGAAUUGUAUUUUCUGUUCCAAUCAUUUCUUCUGUUUUUCUUUCCUCUUGGAAAGUUGAAAACCGUAGUGGUGUGGUUAAGAUGUAUGGCUGCUAACCCCAAGUUUGGCAGUUUGAAUCCACCAAGCACUCCUUGGAAACUUUAGGGAGGCAGUUCUGCUCUUUCCUGUUGGGUCGCUCUGUGUUGGAAUCAACUUGAUGGCAAUUAAUUUGGUUUGUUUUUCUUAUUGGAAUGUUAACUGUUUUACCCUUUAUACUUUGAGACUACAAAUAUUUUGUUUCUUUAUGGUACUUUGGCCUACUAAUUUUAGUACCCAUUGAUAAUUAUUACCUAUGAGUAUUCUUACUGUGUUAUUUACCAGCUGUUUUUUCUGUUCCGAUCAUUUCUUCUAUGUUUAUUGAUUGGCAUUCUGCAAGGAAUAGCUUUCCCUUCUCUCCCCUUUAUUUAUCAAAUUAUUUAUACAAGUAUAGGCUAAUCCAUAGUAUUUUUUUUUUCUCUUUUUUUCUAACUCAAAUUAUCACAGAUUGGUUCUUAGGAGUUCCCUUGAGUAGAUCCCGGUGCCCUACUGGUGCAGUGGUUCAGCGCUUAGCUGCUAACCAAAAGGUUGGCAGUUGGAAUCCACUGGCCACUCUCUGGAAAUCGUGGGGGGCAGUUCUACUGUUUCUUACAGGGUUGCGAUGAAUCAGAAUCAACUUGACAGCAAUAGGUUGCACUUUUUUUUUUAAGUAGGUUCGUUUAUUUUUUGGUGUGUUGUUUUUGAUAGGUGCCAUUGAGUCAGUUCUGACUCUAGCAACCCUGUGUACCACAGAACGAAACACUGCCUAGUCCUGUGACGUCCUCACAAUCGUUGUUCUGCUGGAGCCCAUCGUUGUAGCCACUGUUGAUCCAUUGGUUGAGGGUCUUCCUCUUUUUUGCUGACCCUUUUCUUUAACAGACAUGAUGUCCUUCUCCAGGGACUGAUCCCUCCUAAUAACACAUCCAGAGUAUGUGAGACAUAGUCUAGCUGUCCUUGCUACUAAGGAUUAUUCCGCUUGCACGGUUUUCAAGACAGAUUUUUUUCUUCUUUGGUAUACUCAA